GGCGGCGAUGGGGGCGGCGGUCUUCUUCGGCUGCACCUUCAUCGCCUUCGGGCCGGCCUUGGCCCUCUGCCUGCUGACCGUGGCCGGGGACCCCCUGCGCGUCAUCAUCCUGGUGGCCGGGGCCUUUUUCUGGCUGGUCUCCCUCCUCCUGGCUUCCCUGAUCUGGUUCAUUUCGGUGCAGCUCAGUGACCGAAAUGACGCGCAGCUGCAGUACGGCCUCCUGCUCUUCGGCGCUGCCGUCUCCGUCCUCCUGCAAGAGGCCUUCCGCUUCGCGUACUUCAAGCUCCUCAAGAAGGCGGACGAAGGCUUGGUGACCCUCAGUGAAGAUGGCCGGCCUCCCAUCUCAAUCAAGCAGAUGGCCUACGUGUCGGGGCUCGCCUUUGGGAUCAUCAGCGGCCUCUUCUCCGUCAUCAACAUCCUGGCGGAUUCCAUUGGUCCGGGCACCGUGGGGAUCCACGGGGACUCGCCCCACUACUUCAUCACGUCAGCUUUCUUGACCAUGGCCCUGGUCUUCUUGCACACCUUCUGGGGGACCAUCUUCUUCGACGCCUGUGAGAAGAGACGCUACGGGACGCUGGGGCUGGUGGUCACCAGUCACCUGGUCACCUCUGGGUUGACCUUCCUCAACCCUUGCUACGAAGCCAGCCUCAUCCCCCUCUUCCUCCUGACGCUUUCCACAGGGGCCUGGGCGUUCGUCACUGCAGGAGGAUCUUUGCGCAGCAUUCAUGCCUGCCUCUCCGGCAAAAGGAAGGAGGGCGAUUCCGUCAUGGUCUACUCGGCCCUGCAGCUCCCGGGUGAAGACUGAGCGGUGCUCGUCCGUCUGGCAUCCCUCUUAAGGCCCACGUGCCCCCCUCUUGCCAGCUGGGAAGGCGCAUAGCCCCACCCCAAUCAGUGCACAACUCCAGCAUCAGAAAGAGUGGGCGUCAGCCUAGUUUGACACGACAGGUCAAAAGCAGAGCCCACUUUGAUGGGAGGAUCCCCGGCCCCGGCCUGGAGCAAGGAAUUCUGUCUCCUUCAACGGGUUUCCCCCUUGCUUCUCCUACAGGAGGCUGCAGUGUUCCAUUGUCCCGUCUCUCUUUUUUGGUGGGGUGCGUGUGUGGGUUUUCCCCACCCCACCCCUAGUAGCUCAUGAGCCUUUUCGUAGGGGCAAAGAGCGACGUGGCGUCGGCCAGUUCUGGGGAGAUCGACUUAGACUGCUGGCGUUGAUGAUAAUUAUUUCCAUUUAGCUCUUCCCAGCAUGGACUCCAAUUCCCCUGGUCAGCAACUGGCUUAGCUAGAUGCUUGUUUAAUGCCAGGUGGUUGUAUGUGUGUGUGGGGGGGCGGUCUAUCCCCCCCCCCCGAGGGCUGCAGGCAAGUCCCAUUUUGUAC